UUUUCCUUUUAUAAUCGAUCACUCCUCAAAUCAACUUUAGUCAGAAAGAACAGUUAUUGCAGGAAACAUAAUCCUCAAACAUUGAAGGCUGAUUCAGUUGAUUUAAAAUAAAGCUCCAAGAAAUCGAAUAAAAUAAAUAAAAAUUAAAAAUGGAUCACAAAUGGGUUCACUUAGCUGCCUACUCUCAAGUUCCACCUUUUGCUGUUGUCGGAGGACACGAUUGUGAUGGUACACCAAUUUAUGUUGGCCGUGCUUACCACGAAGGGGACAAUCUACCAGCAAAAGUGGUUCCAAGUAAAAAUAACGCCUACGUCUGCUGGGGUGGUCGCGAGAUUACAAAGACUCACUAUGAAGUCCUUACUGGCAACCACUAUCGAUGGAUUCCAUGUGCUGCCGGUUCAGUGCCACCAAAUGCGGUUCUCGCCGGAAACACGGUCACUGGUGAGCCUCUCUACAUUGGACGUGGCCAUUGGCAAGGAAGUUUGACAGUUGGCAAGAUUCAUCCUUCCCACCAUUGUCUGUACAUUCCCUUUGGAGGAGCUGAACAUCGUUUAGACUGUUACGAAGUUUUAACCUACGAAAUGUCACAUCACGGACAUCAUCCUCAUCAUCCAUCAGCUCCAAUAAUUGCAGUUUGUCCACCGGCACUUUUUCCAUCAGUUCACACUUGGUUACCAGCGUCGUUGACAAGUAUGCCACCAGGAGCAGUUGUUGGUGGUCAUGAUACAGAUGGCUCUACAAUCUACGUUGGUCGAGCACACCAUGAUGGUGAACAUCUGCCAUGUAAAGUAGUUCCCGGCAAACAAAGUGCUUAUGUUAGUUGGGGUGGCAAGGAUAUAUUCAAGAGUAAUUUUGAGGUCUUAACUGGUCAUGGCUAUCAUUGGAUAACUGGACAUCAUCAUGGUGAAAUUCCAGCUGCAGCUGUGUCAACUGGACGGACUCGCAAUGGCGAGCCAGUUUAUGUGGGACGUGGUCAUCAUCAUGGAUCGUUGACUCCUGGCAAGGUGCAUCCUUAUGAAUAUUGUGUUUAUAUUGCAUAUGGGGGCAAGGAAAUCAAACUUAAAACUUAUGAAAUUCUUGUAAAGAGCUUUUAAUAGUGUAUAAUAAGAUGUUUAGUUAAAUGUUAGGAAACCAAAAUGAAAUUAUAGAAUAAAAAGAAUUUAUAUAAACAAA